AUGCCUUCAUGUCCUUCAGGUGCCAGGACUGCGGGAGGAGAUUCUGCUGAUGUCUCCACAUCUAACCUUAAUCCUUCAGAGAGUCUGAAGAUGGAUUUUCUUAUGCAGGUCAAGCAAGAGGCUGAUGCAGAGGACAGUUUUAUGGAUGACAGGAAACUAAGCAACGAGCAGAAUCGUAAGCAGAGUGAACCCAAUGGAAAUUCAGUAAGUGUGGCAAAAGGACUUCUUUUCCAUGGACCAGAAAUCUGUGAAACGCGUAGAAUUCAUCAGAAGCUAGAAAGCUGUGCCACUUUUCCUCCAGUCACCAGGCAAUUUCUUUUGAGAAAUCAAAGUUUAAUUGAAGUAUCUUCCUAUGGGAAAGAAAUGGGGGGUUCUCAAUGUAGGAAAAAAAUUAGACAGAGCUCCGCCUUUCUGAAGAUUACGUCAACCCGCAAAAAAAAGAAAAACUUUGUAUGCUCCGAGUGUGGGAAAGGCUUUGUUUCAAAUUCGGCACUUUCUGACCAUCAGACCAUCCAUACAGGUGAGAAGCCGCAUCAGUGUUUAGUCUGUGGGAAAUGCUUUGGAUAUAAAGCACUUCUUGUGAGACAUGAAAUAUCCCAUGUAGAUGAAAAGCCAUAUAAAUGUUUAAAGUGUGGGAAAACUUUUGGUACGAGUACCAUCCUCUCAGACCAUGUAAGAAUCCAUACCGGAGAGAAGCCAUAUACUUGCAUAGAAUGUGGGAGAGACUUUGUUAAAAGAAGUCAUCUUGUGAGACACCAGUUGAUCCAUACAGGAGAGAAACUCUAUCCAUGUUCAGAGUGUGACAAAAGUUUCAAUUGUAAGUCUACCCUUACUAUCCACAAAAGAAGUCAUACAGGCGAGAAACCAUAUAAAUGCACUGAAUGUGGGAAAAGCUUUAGUCAGCGAUCUCAUCUUAGAACCCACAAGAAGAUUCACACUGGAGAGAAACCACAUACGUGUUCUCAGUGUGGGACCAGUUUCUGUCAAAGAUACAACCUUCUUCUACACGAGAGAACCCAUACAGGAGAGAAACCUUAUCGGUGUUCGGAAUGUGGGAAAAGGUUCACUCAGAGCUCCAACCUUUUUGUACAUGAAAGAAUCCAUACUGGAGAGAAACCAUACAGAUGCUCAGAAUGCGGGAAAAAUUUUCGUUGGGAAGACAGUCUUAAGAUACACAUAAGAAACCAUGCUGGAGAUAGACCAUAUGCCUGUUCCCUUUGUGGCAAAACCUACAGUAAGUCAUCCCACCUUACGAGGCACCAGGAAACCCAUGUGAGAGAGAAACUACAGUAGCGCCCGUACUUGGAGAAUGUUCACUCAUACUCUGCCAGUAUGUCCUAUACAAAAGAAUCCAUACAGGAAAGACAAUCCUGCAAUGUACAGAGUUGAUGAAAAUUGUUCAUUGGGAUAGCAGCCUUAAAAAGCACAAAAAACAAACAUGGUAGAGAAACCAUAUUGGUGCUUGGACUGCAGAAAAUGCUUUUAGUUUUAAAUGUGCAGUUGCAGAACAUAAAAGAUCAAAAAUGAGAGAGAAUGCAUAUAUAUGUGGACUGUGGGGCAUGUUUCUCAUUGUAGCUCUGUGCUGUGAAUCAGUUAGAGGAUAUAUAGAGAAAGAAAAGGAUAUGAAUGAUCCGGUUGUGGGAAAAGCCUCAGGUAAAGUUCGACCUAUAAAUGAACAUAUGCGAAUAUGCCCAGGAGGGGAAACCAAGGCAGAACUCUGAAAAGGGG